CAUUGGUUCUCUAACCGCUGCUGAGUUGCUGCCGGGUUGAAUACAGUUGAAAUCCACACUUCUCGUCCGAUCAGUCCGUUCAGUAACCGAACUUGGUUCGCAACGUUCGCGUUCUGUCCUAUACGGUAUUCAUUUGCCAAAAGUUUCAUCAGCUGUAAGAAACCUGUUCGAAGAUAACACCGGUUGCAAGAUGCCUGAGAUCACGUUAGUUUCUCAAAAUAAGAGUUUUGGCGGAUGGCAAAAGGUCUUCACCCAUGACAGCGUGGAGUUAAAAUGUAAAAUGAGAUUUGGCGUCUAUCUACCACCACAGACGGAACAAGGCCCAGUUCCAGUUAUCUAUUGGCUGUCUGGUUUAGAGUGUACUGAAGCAAAUUUCAUUCAAAAAGGAGCAGCACAAAAAUAUGCGGCUCAGCAUGGUGUCAUAAUUGUUGCACCUGACACUAGUCCCCGAGGACUUAACAUCCCAGGAGAAGAUGAUGACUGGGACUUUGGAACAGGUGCCGGAUUCUAUGUUGAUGCGACAAGCGAUCCAUGGAAAACUAACUACAGAAUGUAUUCCUACGUCACAAAAGAACUGCCGGCAUUGAUAAAUGAAAAGUUUCCAGCCAUCCCUGAUCGAAAGUCUAUAACAGGUCAUAGUAUGGGUGGACAUGGAGCUUUUAUUGCUGUUCUGAAAAACCCAGGUCUGUAUAGAUCAGUCUCUGCAAUGUCACCCAUUUGCAAUCCUAUAAAUUGCCCGUGGGGGAAAAAAGCUUUUAGUGGAUAUUUAGGUGGCGCGGAAGGAGAUAGUAAAUGGAAAGAUUGGGAUUCUACUGAACUCAUUAAGAAAUAUAAAGGACCUCGACUGGAUAUCCUAAUUGACCAGGGUACAAACGAUAAUUUCUUGACAAAAUCGCAAUUACUACCUGAAAACUUGGUGGCUGCAGCUAAGGAAACUGGAGUGUCUGUCAAUCUGAGGCUACAAGAAGGUUACGACCACAGUUACUACUUCAUAUCAACAUUUAUUGAAGAUCACAUCAAACAUCACGCCAAGUACUUGAAAGCUUGAUUGAGUUAACUUGGGUGGAACUCAAGAUAAAAAAAAAUUUUAUACAAAUAAAAAUCGGGUAC